AUGGCUGGGGAUGUGGCGGCGGCGACCCGUGAUACAGUGCCGCUUGUGGACGCGGGACGCGACAAGGAGCGCGGAUCCCCCUGUGCGCGGCGUCGCACAGACGUGCGGCGGAUGAUGGCGCGUCGCGCCGUGCUGGGGACCACAACGCGCCCAGCACGCCAAGGCGCAGCAACGGGUGCUGGGACCGGCGGGGCCGCUGCCCGGAAAGGCAAGGGCGACGCGUCGGGCGGCCGGUGGCAGUGCGGCGAGAGCGAGGGCGAGCGAGACGAGACAGCGUGUCGCGGAGAGACACCGACGACUCCAUGUGCCCUGUCCGGCGGCACGGGGAGAGAGAGCACAUUCGUUGCCGGGGCGCACAUGGGUCGGCCGAGGUCGCCGCGGGCCAAUCGGGAGCGCCGCGGUGCUCUGUCCUCCGUGGACGGGUGCACAGGCGAGUACAUUCGCUGCCGACAAGGUGCCGCGAUCGUGCUGUUCGCAUUACCCCAGAUGUUACUUGAGUCGUUGUUCGAUUCGCUACAUGAGUUGCUGUUCGAUUCGUUACUUGACUGGUUACUCGACUGGUUACAUGACUGGUUACUUGACUGGUUACUUGAUUCGUUAUUUGACUGGUUACCUGAUUCGUUCGAUGCUCAUGUCGUCUCUGCCAGAAACAUGUCGCCGGCUGCAACAUCUGCCGCACUCGCCGUCGGGUUGCUCUUCCAGCCCGCCUGUCCACCCCCAUGGCAAACACCCGUUGCAAUCAGGUUACCACCCGCCGCGGUUCCCUCAUCGCCCAUGGCCCGCUGGAUCGGUCCUCUUGGCACUCGCUCACCAGCUGGAGAGUGA